UGAAUGAACUUUCCCUCUCCAUGAAUUUGCCUGCAUGCAUAGUGAGGUUAAGAGAGAUAAACUUGUACUCGCACCUGUAGCUGUGUGGCUCAUACUGGACUUAACAGAAGUUUUGUUGUUAAUGAUAUUGCAUGCUGAAUAUUUACAGGUGCAAUGUUUGGUCAAGUUUUGUUAACCCUCCUGGUGAUGACUGUCCCUGUUGUUCAGAGCGGCAAUGUUCUUGUCUAUCCUGUGGAUGGCAGUCAUUGGGUCAACAUGAACAUCUUGAUUGAGGCUCUUCACUCCAAAGGUCACAACAUCACAGUCAUCCGGAUGUCAGACAGCUGGUACGUCAAAGAAUCUUCACCCAUUUACACAUCCAUUACUGUGAAUGCUCCUGGAGGGUUUGGUGAAGAAUUCCUCCACGAGUUUGUAUCAAGACUGCUGAACAUUUUAAGGGACGGCUCCACUUGGGCUCGCCUGAAACUGGAGAUAGAGAUGUGGCAAACUAUUUUAGAGAUGGGUGUAGUAGAAAAUGAUCUAAUAGUCAAGAUGUUGGAAGACCAGCAGCUAAUACAGUCCCUAAAAGACAAAAAAUAUGAUUUGAUGCUUACAGAUCCAGCCAUGUUUGGAGGUGUAAUAUUGGGGCAUUAUCUUAAACUGCCCAUGGUCUAUAAUGUCCGUUGGACCAUGUACACUGAAGCUCAUUUUGCAAUAGCCCCUUCACCACUUUCUUAUGUACCUUUCCCAAUGAGUGAGUUAUCAGACCGCAUGAGUUUCUUUGAAAGAGUGAAAAAUAUUUUGAUGUACAUCAUCACUGAAACACAGGCGGCUCUCAUGAUCGCUCCAUUUUAUAACAAAGUUUGUGAACGCUUCAUUGGCCCAGGAACAUCCUAUUUUAGUUUAGUUCAAGGUGCUGAUCUGUGGCUCCAUAGGGUUGAUUUUAUUUUUGAAUUCCCACGGCCCACUAUGCCAAACAUCGUCUACAUGGCUGGUUUUCAGUGCAAGCCAUCAAAGCCUCUUCCGCAAGACCUCGAGGACUUUGUGCAAAGCUCUGGUGAUCAUGGUGUCAUCGUCAUGUCUCUGGGCACUCUUAUUGGUCAACUUCCUGAUGAUGUGGCAGAGGCCAUUGCUGAAGCUUUUGCUGAACUUCCACAGAAGAUCAUCUGGAGGUAUAAAGGAAGGAGACCAUCUGCACUGGGAAACAACACUUUAAUAAUGGACUGGAUACCUCAGAAUGAUCUUCUGGGUCAUCCCAAAACCAGAGUCUUUGUGGCUCAUGGUGGAACCAAUGGAAUCCAAGAAGCCAUUUACCAUGGGGUACCAAUCAUUGGAUUUGGACUCAUCUUUGACCAGCCUGAUAAUCUUUCAAAGAUGAGAGUGAAGGGUGUAGCCAAGACCGUAGACUUUGCCACAGUGGAUAAAGACUCCUUCUUAGAAACUCUCAAGGAGGUUCUUUAUAAUCCCAGUUAUCGGGAGAACAUGCAGAGACUCUCAAGACUUCACAGAGACGUUCCAGUGAAGCCUCUGGACAGCGCCAUCUUCUGGAUUGAGUUUGUCAUGAGGCACAAAGGUGCCGCUCAUUUACGCACAGAGUCGUACAAAAUGCCCUGGUACUCGUAUCACUCUGUUGACGUCAUGUUGUUCCUGCUGUCUGCUGUGACGCUCAUAAUGCUGACCACAUAUGUGCUUAUCAGAUAUUUAUGCUGCAGAAUAUGUAGGAGAAAAAACAAACUAGAAUGAUUUUUAAUUUAGUUAAGUUUACGAUUUGUGUGUUUUACUGUGUUUUCCUACAUAUACAGUACUCCAUACAGGACACUUAAAUAUUGCCUUCGUCCCUAAUGGUUAUUGAAUGUUUCACUGUUUAUUUUCAGUUGGCUUUUGGAGAUUUUUUUUCAGUUACGAUCAUCUUCAAGUUUAUUGUUUAUUUGUAGUUAAUAUCUAAUUCAAUACAUAAGUAUGCAGUGUUCUAACACAAUAUAUAACCACUUGUAAACUUGAGUUUUUAUACAGCACUGUAAACCAC